AUGACACGUGAGAAGAUCAAGAUGGCGUGUAAUUUAAGUGCAAUUAUACUAACAAUUGCACUUCUUCAAGCUGUCACUUCAAUGACACCAAAGAAACGCCCAAAUCUAAACCCUACCAAGGCGGAUGGGUCAAAGCAGUGCGAGACCAAAAAGGGAGCAAAGGGGCUUUGCGUCCAUGAAACGCUCUGCACAGAGGACCACAGAUUACUAGAAGGCGGCAAUAUACCUGAUUCUGCUGUAAGACAGACGCCAUCUUGUAAUGCUAAGCAGAAUGAAUGGUGUUGUGUAUUGCAGAAAGUCGUGACACCUAAGCCGGUUGUCAAAACUAAUAGCGGUUGUAAGGCUAUAAAAGAAGACUUUUGUCCAUGGUGCGUUUCUUUAUUCAGAAACCAGGAGUUGGAAUCAGAUUCCUCAAGUCUAUUCUGCGCAGGAGUGAUGAUAGGAACGAAAGUUGUGUUGACAGCGGCGACCUGUUAUGUUGCUUCUUCGAAUCAAACAGGGCUUUGGGCGAGGAUACCAGGUUCUUCAGAACCGGAGACAUAUCACACAAUUCGCUAUAGAAUAGCACAUCCGUCGUAUGUUUCAGGUUCUCGUGAAAAUGACUUUGCCCUCUUUAUAUUGGAGAAUGAACUAACGUGGAAUGUUGAUAACUACGGAGCAUGUUUGGGUCUAGGAGGACCAAUCAAGGACGCUUGCUUUGCAUUUGGAUAUGAUUAUCAGGAUAAGUUUGUUUCGACUCUAGUUUCCGUAGCUCAAGGACCCUGUAAAAACAACGCUGGUGAAGCUAAGGACGUAUCAUGUGGAACUCCAAUAGGCGAUGAAGUCUGCGCAGUCGCACUAGGUGCUCCGGUCGUUUGCCGUGGUGAUACUGACGACCUUCUAGUGUAUGGUAUCGUAAGAAGCCCGUGCAGAGAAUCAAAAGCACUUUUAGGCCAAUUGGAGUUUUCAUCUAGUUGGAUUCAGGCUGAACUAAGUAAACUCAAUCUCAGCGAAAGUAAUUACAUGUUUAAGUAA